ACUACCUUUAGAAAGGCCUUUGGUUCCCACGCCAUCAUCUUCCACCACGACGCUCAGGUGAUGGAACGUUCUCUCGUGCUGCUGUUCUCUCUUGUCCUUCCUCCAACGGGGCGCUCUCCUAGUUCGGAAAAGAGUGAAUAUGUUUAUGAAAGCCGUGUGUGCGUUACGAAAGCUUUCCCAGAUCGCUUAGGGGCGGCAACCAAGAUCAACUCGAGCACCGAAAGCUUUGCGGAUCCUCUGCCCUAACUUGAUUCGUCAGUGCACCUCCUUCCGUGAAGGGAAUUGCUGUCACACCGCUCAUUGCGUGUCUUGUCAGACACCGACGACCGUACUAUGGACAUAGACGUAGGAAGCACGACGGCACGGCUCGUCAAAUCAAGUCUGUCGUUUCACGACAGCGACACAAAUUCACAUACAUCCGUCGCAUCAGAUCUCGACGACGAUGAGGACGAUGAUGGCUCUCCGGACGAAGCUGAUGAUGCAGAUGAGGAGGACGAUGAAGACGGGAAUGCUGGCGUGUCGAAACGGUUCCGGAAGAAGGAGUUGGAGUUCAUGCGCAUGAACAAAGCAAUGGAAGCCCGUAGUGCAGCUGUCAUCAAGAUGGCUGAGCAGGUUAUGAAAGAAGGCAAAGAGACCCUCACGAGGCCGAUGACCGCCCCUGCUGGCGGAAAAGAUGCGAGGAUUAGCGAGGCGGCGGAGGAUAGUGAAGGCCCGCAUGCCAAGCCCCGGACGGUGUCCAAAGUGCAUGGCAAGCCGCGACAGAUUCCAUCCCGCCCUCAGACAGCCAUUCCCUCUCGGUCAGCCUUUCAAAGAUCAUCUGCCGCCACUUCGGCCACUUUGGACGGCAAUUCAACACCAUCAUCUGCAGAAACAUAUACACCCGCGACUCAUAAUCCCGCUGGCACACCGAAUCCGUCACUCGUCCCUGAUCAUGACGAUGAGGUUGGAGGGGAGGCAUCGGUGCGCCUUUUGAAGGCUCGCAUGGCUGUUAUGCAGCAGGACAUGGACCGGCUCGUUAUACAAAACACAUCGAAGAACGAUACAAUAGCAGCGCUCCAACAACGGAUCAAAACCCUUGAAUCCGAGAAUGGCAAUUUGAGUCGUUCACUGUGGACGACUGAUGCGCAACAUAGCCGUGUGCAAGCAAAGAUGGAGGAGUUUAAAAAGCGGGCUGAGAAUUCCGAAAGCGCCAUAGCGAGUCUGAAAAAGUCUUUGGAUGCACAAACAAGGACCCAAAGACAAAAGGAAACGGAGGGCAAUGCUAAGGAUGUGCGACUGAACCGAGCAUUAGACGAGAUUGAGCGACGCAAGCAGAUGGCCGCGAAAGCGCAGCAGGAAGCAAAGGAGAAACUCGAAGAAAGCCAGCGUACCAAUGAGAAACUCCUGCACGACCUGCGCCGGGCCACCAAGCAAAAGAACGAUCUGCUAAUGGCGUUCAAGAAACAGGCUGUUCUUUGUGACGUAUUGAAACGGCAAAAGAUCCACAUUGAAGCCGCGAAGCUGCUAGAUAUUGCCGAGCAGGAUUUCAUGCGCGCUUUGAACUGGGAGAACUCGUAGUCGUAUACGAAUUCUCCGGACGUAUAUGCGUUUAUGAUGUAGUCCAUUGAAAUAAUUGUAGUCCAUUGAAAUAAUUCUAGAAUCAUGUUACUGACUUGAUUUGGCAACAUCAUCUCCUGGCAGGGGUAUCCGUCUUGG